GCAGGCUCAGGGAUGGUUAACCCUCAGCAGCCUCCGUAUCCAGUUUCUGCUCUGAGAGAUGUUGAGUUGCACAGCAGAGCAGUGCAGCCGCCGUCUUCCCUGCUCUCAUCUCGCUUGGAUUUGCAAAGCAGGCCGUCGAAGGAGCCGUGGCUGUCUGAUCUGCACCCCCAGCCGGUGCAGUGGAAGGUGGACGGCGGAGAAGUGAUGCCCGUCCCAUCGUCCGUAGCUCCACAGCAGUUUGACAGCCAAGCAGGGCUUCAGCAGCACCUUCAGAGAAGCUCAGGCUGGGCAGAUAUCCCUUUGAUAACUCAGUCAGGCCCCACAUUGGUUCAGAGUUUAGACUCGCCACACAUGAAAGAGAGCACAUCUUCUGUUAUCAGCUCUCACGCCGUAUCUGUGCCAAAAAAAUCCAGCCCAUCAGCAGUGAGCGAGAUGGCACAGCACAGGCAGCACAAGACUGUUACUUGGAGUAGCACACCCACAUCCACAGUGCUGGCGUCCACAAGCGCUGUGCAUGAUUUCUCUGUUCCCUCCUCCUACAUUGACGGGGCCGCUCUGUGGAGCAUCAGGCCUGCUCUGCUGGCAAAUUCACAGAGCUCUUCAAAUAAGCUUGGUCAAGAGCUUCAGCUGCCACGAUGGCCAGUUACCCCCGUGUCAUCCCAAAAGGAGCCGUCCACACCUCCUAAGAAGGAGGACAGAGUGUGGGACAUGAGCAAUCCUCAAGGAAUACCGUCGACUGUUAGCCAGCCAGAGAAGCCAUGGAACGGCUGUGAGCCACAAAAGCCGUGGGCUUCCGGCUCAGCGGGUGCAUCCACCUCAGCUCAAAUAGACCAAAGCAGUGCUAUGCCAAUUUCAACUCCUGUUUCUCAUGGGGUCGGUAGCACCUUGUGGGAAAUACAAACACCACCAGGAAUUCCAAAGACUAUAAACUCCACUGAGAAAUUAGUAAACAGUCAAGAUUUUCAGCUGAAACAGAAGCAGGUGUCAUCUGGCUGGGCCAGCGUGCAAACAGCAACACAGAAGGUUCCCAUUUCCAUUCAAUACGAGCCUCAUCGCUUCGGACAGGGGAUCGGCACACCAGUAUGGGGCUUCCAAAGUAACCCUGUGGGUCCUCAAACACUGCUCACUGGGCAACUUAAACCAGGCAAUGGACAGGAGCUGCAGCAGCAACCAAUGGUAACGGGGACUCAAAUAAUCAUAAAUCAGCCAUCUCCUUUUUUCUCACCUCCACUUGCUCCGCUCCCUCCUCUUGCUUUGCCUGGCACUCACCCUCUUCACUCUGUCGCAGUUGGUGCACUUCCAAGACCUCCUCACCCAAAUAUAUUUUUCACACCACAGGCAGUCAUGAGCGAGAGGCCACACAUGACACAGACCCUUCCCCUACCUCAACUUGCUCCUCGGACAGAACCUCACAAACUCGGAUCCCGUUUGCCUUUUGCCCAAGAACGGCUUCUCCAAUGCAUGAUAUGCGGGUGCUCUCUUCCCCGAGAGCUGGAUCUACAAAUGCAUUACUUGCAACAUGCACAAGGAGAGAUUUGACAUUUCUAUACUAGCAACAAGACUUAGUUAUGUUUUUAUAAUUUUGAUCCGGUGUAACCUCAUUUAUUUGAUAUGCAGUUGUGCGGUUUGACCCAGUUGAGUGAAUGGACGGGCAUUAAACACAAAAAGAGAAAGGUGAAACUUCAUUUAGUUUGCACACUUGAUGCACAUUUGAUUUGAAGUCUUUCAGCCCCAAAUUAGAUUGCACAGAGUGUGUUUACACGUAGAGAGUGUGUACAUGUGCCAUUAAAUUGGUUUCACAAUCUUUUUAAAUGCAUUUAAGUUUUCCAAAUACUUCUCGGGGUGCAGAUAAAUGAGGUUCACCGAUCUACAGUUCAUUUUUUGCCAAUGACAUUUAGAUUUAGAUAAUAUUAGUACUUUUAUAGUUCCGUUCAUAUGUCCUGAACCAUUUGUACUGUGUGUCUUCAUGUACAGUAUACUGUGUGCCUUUUAUGAGUACAGUCUGCAUGUCUGCUGUCUUGGUAUUCUAGGCCUAGUUUGUGCUUAAGGUAGACUCAACAAUGUGACCUCACUCCCAAAAUGCAGAGCAAUUCUUUCAGAGAUACUGUCAAGAAAUGUGCGACAUUGCUUUUGGAGAGGUGACGGGGGUUGUUGUGCUCGCAGGUUACAUUCGUCAGAACAUACAAGGAAAAGCUGUAUGCGUACAGUAGAAUCCUGGCUGGGUCCAGAUAUCUCAUAAGUAAAGUUGUUAUCAUGAUAAUUUGGUCAAAGCAAAAGUGUCUGUCAACAGAAAUAACAUGUAAAGGUCAUUUCACAGUAAGAGUCUUCUGUAAGUGUAGCUUUUGGGUGAUUAUUAGGACAAGAAGAUUUGGCGCUCUUACACAGUUUCUGAUGACACUGUUGUCAAAUAGUUUGUGAUAAACUUGGAGUUAUGUGAUGUUUUGUCAUUAAUAUUUUUACGAUGGCAAGACAACCAUGAAAAUAAUGAUUAGAAUCAAAUGCUUUACUCCAAUUGGUUCAGUCAAAUUCAGCAUAUCUUCACUGAUGUGUCAUAACUGAUGCACUUGAUAAUUAGAUUUUAAACCAUUUCUGGUUUCUCGUACAUAGUAUCUACUGUAAACUGAGUACCACGUAAUGUGCAUCUCUUACCAGAAUGAUUAUUUCAGAUUGGAAUGUACCCAUAUUUAUAAAGUUCCACUUUUGAGUACUUAAAUGUAUUUUUGUGAAUAAUGAAUGAUUUCAUUCCGUAACUGUAGAUUUAGCAGAGUACACAAACUCAUCUCCUCCGUUAUGAAAAAUGGGCAUUUGAUUAGCUUUGGUGGCCCAAAAACUGACUGAAAAUCUUCAUUACUACUGUAAAAUAAACACCCCGUUCAUUUGUAAGAAAAAAAGAAGAAUUAAAAAAAGAAAAAAAAAAAACAAAAACAUGUUCCUGUGCAUUUUAACAUUCACCGAUUCAAAAACGUGCCCUUCUACCUCUAUCCACUGUUUUAGCAUGGAAGAUUUUUCCCAUGAUGUCUACAUAUUGGAUUAAAUAAAACCUGCCUUUGAUUAUA